AUGGUUUGUAGCAGCAGCGUCGUGAGUAGCGAAGACAUGGCCGCGUCGCUCAAGAAAGAACUGCGGCGCCGCAUUGCAUCCACGCUAGAGACACUGCCCGAUACUGAAGUGGCAGAGCAGAGCCAAUUGCUGAUAGAAAAAGUAUGUGCGCUACCAGAGUUUGCACGUGCUCGUGGAAUCAGCGUAUACUUGGAGAUGCCCAAGGAAGCGGCUACGUCGAAGCUGUUAGAGGCCGCAUUUGCAGCUAAUAAGAAGGUGUUUGUGCCCAAGAUUACGGGUCGGUCGGCAGAUGAUCUUCAGAUGCUACAGACGCAGUCUAUGGAGGACAUUCGAAGCUUUCCCAAGGACAAGUGGCAGAUACCAGACCCACCUUUGCUUACGGAUAGUGGUGUGCCGCGUGACGACGCUGUACGAGGUGACGAACUGGAGCUUGUGCUGUUGCCUGGUGUAGCUUUCGAUCGUCGAGGAGGACGUCUUGGCCAUGGAAAAGGAUACUACGACUCGUUCCUGCGCCGCCUGACGGAGCACUACGAUGACAUCGGACAUCCACCUCCUACGACCAUUGGCCUUUGCCUAACACCACAGCUCGUAGAUAAAGUGCCACUGGCAACGCAUGAUCAGAUGCUGGAUCUGGUUGUGACUCCGCACGAAGUCAUUCGUACUUUGUACGAGACAUUGGGUGUGUCGUCGACCGCCACUUCGUCUCUGAAUGAAGCGAGCGUAGGCCCAGCAAAGCCUGGCAAACAACAGGCUCACGAAGAAAGGAGAAUCAAAGCUUACGAAGACGAUCGCCAAGACGUGUAA